CAGCGCUCCCGCCGCCGAGGAGGAGCCGCCGCCGCCGCCGCCGCCGCCCGGUGGACGCAGGUGCGGCCGCCGCGCCCGCCGCGCCCCCGCGCGGAUGCGCCGGUCUCUUAGGAUGAGGUGUUGGUUGCAGGUAUUAAUAGGAUAAGUGAAAAUAAGAAUAUCCAGAUAUUAAGAUAAGAACUAAAAGAACCUAACAGGGAAGCAUUCAUAUUUCAAGAUCUCUAAGAAGAGGCAGCAAUAUUUAAUAUGGAAAAAAAACCUUGUGAAUCACAUAAUGAAGAUUUAUCAAGUAGUGGCAUCGCAUCCAAUGGAGGUUCUUCAAGUCCAUUUUUUAUGUCACCUAUACGUGGUACAAUAAUUGAAAAUGCAUCAGCACCUGGGAUUGUGACACAAAUCCCCUUUUUCCCUAAAUAUGAAGUAGAACCUGAUUCUCACAGGAAAGUCAUCCCUUACCCUGGAAAAGAACACAUCGAACGUGUUUUGGAGGAAUAUUCACAUCAAGUCAAAGAUUUGCAGAAAAGACUAAAUGAAAGCAAUGAAUUGCAUGAGAAACAGAAGUUUUACUUAAGGCAGUCAGUCAUUGAUUUACAAACAAAACUUCAAGAGAUGCAAAUGGAGAGAGAUGCCAUGGUGGACAUCAGACGAAGGGAGAAUCAGUCCCAGGAGGAUUUAAAAAAUCAGCUUCAAAAUACAGUUCAUGAACUUGAAGCUGCUAGAAGCCUUAAGGAGGACAUGCUGAAUGAUAGCAACACACAGAUAGAUCAGCUAAGAAAGAUGAUGCUUAGUCAUGAGGGAGUGCUUCAUGAAAUCCGAUCAAUCCUAGUUGACUUUGAACAAGCCUCAGGCAAGAAAAUAUAUGAACACGACAGCCUGUCUACUAUCCACUUCCGCAACAUGGGCUCAGCUAUUAGUAAAAUCCUAAGAGAAUUAGACACAGAGAUUUCUUAUCUUAAAGGGAGGAUAUUUCCAGUAGAGGAUCAGCUUGAAGCACUGAAAUCUGAAUCACAGAACAAAAUAGAGCUGCUUCUUCAACAACAUCAAGAUAGGAUUGAGCAGUUAAUAAGUGAACAUGAAAUAGAAAUAACAGGACUCACUGAGAAAGCUAGCAGUGCUCGAAGCCAAGCCAAUAGUAUCCAAAGUCAACUGGAAAUCAUUCAAGAACAAGCAAGAAACCAAAACGCAAUGUAUAUGCGUCAACUCAGUGAACUGGAAUCUACUGUGUCUCAGCUCCGUUCUGAAUUAAGAGAAGCCAAAAGGAUGUAUGAAGACAAGAUAGAAGAGCUGGAGAAGCAGCUGGUCCUGGCCAACUCAGAGCUAACUGAAGCGCGGACGGAGCGCGACCAGUUCAGUCAGGAGUCGGGGAAUUUGGACGAUCAACUUCAAAAGCUGUUGGCCGACCUCCAUAAGCGAGAGAAGGAGCUGAGUCUGGAGAAGGAGCAGAACAAGCGCCUGUGGGACCGGGACACCGGCAACAGCAUCACCAUUGACCACCUGCGGCGGGAGCUGGACGACAGGAACAUGGAGGUGCAGCGCCUGGAAGCCCUCCUCAAGGCCAUGAAGAGCGAGUGUCAGGGCCAGAUGGAACGGCAGAUGGCAGCAAUUCAAGGGAAGAAUGAAAGCCUAGAAAAAGUGUCCUCCUUGACCGCUCAGCUUGAAUCCACCAAAGAGAUGCUCCGCAAAGUCGUAGAAGAGUUGACAGCCAAGAAAAUGACCCUGGAGAGCUCCGAGAGGACCGUGUCGGACUUGACCGCUUCCCUCCAGGAAAAAGAGAGAGCCAUCGAGGCCACCAACGCGGAGAUCACCAAGCUGCGCUCCCGGGUCGACCUGAAGCUGCAGGAGCUGCAGCACCUGAAGAACGAAGGGGAUCACCUCCGAAACGUGCAGGCCGAGUGCGACGCCCUCAGGCUCCAGAUGGCCGAAAAGGACAAGGUCAUCGAGAUUCUGCGGCAGCAGAUCGAAAACAUGACGCAGCUGGUGGGCCAGCAUGGGCGAACUGCCGGGGCCAUGCAAGUAGAAAAAGCUCAGCUCGAGAAGGAGAUUAAUGAUAGGAGGCUGGAACUACAGGAAUUCAGGAUUUUAAAAGAUAAAAAAGAUUCAAAGAUACGAGAGCUGGAGGCCAGAGUGAGUGACCUGGAGCUGGAGAAGGUGAAGCUUGUGAAUGCAGGCUCUGAGCGGCUCCGUGCAGUGAAAGACAUCAAACAGGAGAGAGAUCAGUUAUUAAACGAGGUGAAGACUUGUAGGAAUGACUUGAACAGCCUUACAGAGGACUACGAAGUCUUAAAAAGGAAUUUUCGAAACAAAAGUGAAGAAAUGGAAACUACUACAAAUAAGCUGAAAAUGCAAUUAAAAUCUGCACAGUCUGAACUAGAACAAACAAGAAAUACAUUGAAAUCAAUGGAAGGAUCUGAUGGUCAUGCUAUGAAAGUGGCCAUGGGGAUGCAAAAGCAAAUCACGGCUAAAAGAGGUCAGAUAGAUGCCCUUCAGAGCAAGAUACAAUUUUUGGAAGAGGCAAUGACAAAUGCAAAUAAGGAAAAGCAUUUUCUAAAAGAAGAAAAGAAUAAAUUAAGCCAGGAAUUGACUACUGUUGCAACAGAGAAAAAUAAGAUGGCUGGAGAACUAGAAGUCCUGAGGUCUCAGGAACAUCGUUUAAAAGAAAAGGUUGCAAAUAUGGAAGUUGCUCUUGAUAAGGCAUCUUUGCAGUUUGCAGAAUGUCAAGAUAUAAUACAACGUCAGGAACAAGAAUCUGUGCGCCUGAAACUUCAACACACUCUGGAUGUAAAAGAACUUCAGGGCCCUGGAUACACCUCAAAUCCUUCUGUGAAACCACGUCUUCUGAAGUCCUCUGCCCGUCCUCACUCUAAUAUGCCGUCUACCCAGUCUACGGCCAGCUUCCUAUCUCAUCACUCUGUGAAACCUAACGCCCUGAAGGAGGACCCCACAAGGGACCUGAAACAGCUUCUGCAGGAGCUGAGAAGUGUGAUCAACGAGGAGCCCUCUGCGCCUGUGGGCAAGGCCGAGGACGAUGGGAGAGCACCGUCCCUGGGAGUCACGUUUGGGGCUGUAGAUGGUAGAGUAAGAGAUUGCAUUACUGAAUCAAGCCUGAGAUUAGAGAUGUGCCAUAGAAGCAGCAACUCAUUAAGGGACUCCACCGAAGGCAGCAAAUCAAGUGAGACUUUCAGCAGAGAGCCAGUCGCAUUGCAUGCAGGAGAGCUGGAAGAUCCCUCGAGCUGCUUCACAUUCCCCUCUACAGUCAAUCCAUCUGUGAAAAAUUCAGCUACUCGGUCAUUCCAUUCUUCUCCUAAGAAGUCUCCGGUUCACUCCCUCCUAACUAGUUCGGCUGAAGGUUCCAUAUGUUCCACAUCUCCAUACAGGUCCGCCAAAACUAUCCAUUCAGCUGACUCUGUUAAAGCUUCACAGUCUCAGCCAAUAGAAACCACAGGAAAAACAUGCAGGAAGCUUCAGAACAGACUGGAAAGCUUGCAAACUCUGGUGGAAGAUUUACAGUUGAAGAACCAAGCAAUGUCUUCAAUGAUAAGAAAUCAAGAAAAGAGAAUACAGAAAGUGAAAGACCAGGAAAAAAUGUUACUAAAGUGACACAUUGCUUGCCUAUUCUUUACAGAGAUAUGAUGCCCAAUUAAUUGUGGUGUUACUUAUAAAUAGUGCCCUGCAAACUUUUUUCUUUUUAUGUGAAAUUUUAAUUAAAGAUACCCUGUCUUGUACACUCUAUUUUGAAAUAAACUAUCCUUGAAUGCUCUCCCAGUAAAACUUGAAGCAGUACUCACUAGUUGUGAAAGUAUUCAUAACUUAAAAUGUAUUACUUUGUGCUAGUGUCUUAGAAUUAUUAUACCUUUUUUUCCUCUUUUUUUUUUUUUUUACUGGUGCUGAAGCAAUAGUGUUGUUGUAUUUUUCCCCAACUUAAAAAACAAUAUU